AUGAUUUACAAAGGAAAUUAAAGAAUCUUCAAAGAAAAAUUAAAGGUAUUUUUUUAUUUUUAAAUUAGUUUAUACAUCAAACCAUAUCAAUAUUUUAUUAUAAAGAUGAAAAUAUUCAAUUCAGUUAUAGAAUUUUAGAGGUCUGUUCUUAAUUUAAUUUGUUGUUAGCAUUAAAUAUUUUAGAGUUUUUUUAUUCUAACAGCAAAAUAUCCCUGAUAUGCGCUUUUAUGAUCGUUAACCCUUUCAUUGUGUUUAUUUUGAGAAUUAUUUAUAAAAUUAUUGAAUCAAUAUAUAGAUUCAGAAGAAUUAAUGCAAUUAUUAGUUAAUUGUUAUUAAUAAUGAUAUUGAUAUUACCUAAUCUUAUCAUUAUUACUUUUAACUACCUGAGGUAUUAUUAAUUAUAAUUUAGAUUGUAAAUUCAAUAAGAAAAUUAUUUAAUGGCCAUAAGCUAUUUAGUCAAUAUUUUGAUUUCAUAAAUCAUUAUUGAACCAAUAUCUAUAUUUGGAAGAAUUGCAAUUUAUCGAUUGAUAGCAUCAAGCCUAAAAGAAAUGGAACUUAAUCCAUUAUUUCAUUUGAUGCAUUUUUUUGUAAUGCAUAGUUGUCUUGAAGAAAUAUUUGAUGAGUUUUUAAAAAUUUGA